AGACCUGGUCUUGGCAGUUAGUUAGAUAAUACUCCAUUUUCAAAAAUCUUGUGUUUUUUUUUCCAGUUAGGAUCUUUUGAAAUCCUGAAUGCAUAAAUGGGAAUUGGGUCAUGGGAAAACAUGUCAAGAGUGGCACUGUUUCUCUUAGUGAUGUGUUUUCAGGGAAUUUAUGGGAUUAGAUUUGUGAUAGAGAGAGAAGAGUGUUUGUCUCACAAUGUUCACUUGGAAGGUGACACUAUUCAUGUCUCCUUUGUUGUCAUUAAAGCUGACACUCCUUGGCAUUCUGCUAGUGAGGGUGCUGUUGAUCUUUUGAUUAAGGGGCCUUCUGGAGAGCAGAUUCACAACUUUCCCGACAAGACUAGUGAGAAGUAUGAGUUUGUCGCUCACAGAAAAGGCGUUUACAAGUUUUGCUUCACAAAUAAAUCGCCUUAUCAUGAAACCUUGGAUUUCGACGUGCAUGUUGUCCAUUAUACAUACUUUGAUCAGCAUGCAAAGGAUGAGCAUUUUGAUCCAUUGCUGGAACAGAUAUCAAAGUUAGAAGCAGCUCUUUACAACAUACAGUUUGAACAGCAUUGGCUUGAAGCACAGACUGAACGCCAGGCAUUAGUCAAUGAAGGUAUGAGCCAAAGAGCAAUCACCAAAGCCAUUCUUGAAUCAGUUACGCUUGUUGGUGUCAGCUUUCUUCAGGUCUUCCUCCUCCAACGCCUUUUUGAACAGAAGGUUCGGACUAUAAGAGUUUAGACUUGCAUUCCUGGAGCUAGCAUUCAGACAUGGGCGGAACUUCACUCUUUUUUAAGAAAGCGUCCCAUGUACAUUCUCUUUUUAGCAGAAAAAAAAAAUCAAGUCCACGUAGUUCACAGUUAGUCAGUUAAAUAGAUCGCAUUAAAAAUUCAGAUUUUAUUGACGGCUGAUUCCGGAGAGUUCUUAGUUGCAAGAUUCACAAGUUCCAUAUGAAGUCACGCGUUGUUUAACGUAUUAAACUAUCACAAUUUCCUUCAUUUUUUGCUGUUCUCUGAUAGAUAAUUUUUGUGGCAUAGUACCAUUGACUUUAAUAGGUUGUGUUUAA